UGUGGGCUGUAAAUUAUUUUGUGUUCGUAAAACGAUUGGACGAGUUUGAUGUAUAGUUUAAUUCCUUGACAAUCAGCGAUUGUACAUUGAUAAUAUUAAGCUUUUUAAAUAGUUAUGGCACUUUUUUAAAAAAUUACAAGUGUGGAAAUAAUAUCAAAAUUAUUCAUAAUGUGUUACUAACACUUGUCAAUAUGGCAGUCAAUAGUCAAUGCUACCGCCUAUCUAUCUGUUGCGUAUCGAAGUGCUGUGUCAAGGUCAGGGACACCGUUGUAAUACCCUCUCUCUCUCUUUUUCGCAGUUAAAUUUUGUUAUGAUUCAUCUUAAUAGAUACUUAAAGUUUGGAACAAACGCUACAAGCCAUCUUUUUAAGACUAUAAUAAAAAAAUGAGGUUGUUGUAUGAGUGUUCACAACUGUAUCUUACAUUGUUAAGACUAACAUUUGAAAUCGUCAUUGAACUAAUUUAGAUUUAUGGUUUUUCACAAAUAUUAUAUUUUGAUUAAUUCAGUUAAGUCUAAUUAUGCAGCUUUUUGUGAUUUACAAAGUUAAACUUAAAGUUAAUCUUAUGAUCAUGUUACUUAGAUACAUUUUGUGAUUUAAUCAAUUAAUGUAGUGUUUUUAUUUCUAAUAUGUUUCACUUCUGCAAAAAAUAUUUUAUUUGUUACAUUGGAUCAUUGGAUUUUACAAAAUACAGUUUAUAUACAGUCUGGCCUAAGGAUUGAUAUUAGGCCUAUUCGUAUAGAUGCAUAUAAGUAUUUUGAACGAAUGAUAUCAAAUCACUGGUCUUAAAAAAAGAGUCAAACAGAAGUUGUGUAUCAUUGUUUUACAAAACUGAUGACGUCACGCGUCACAAACCUCAUGCGCUCGUUCCUGCAGCUUGAUUCUACUUCUCAGCACUCCAUUUUAUCCUGAAACGCCGGUGUUGGGACAAAGACACCUUGUUUUUGAUUGGGAAGUGAAGCGAAUUGUCAAUUUUCAGCCAUAUUCCAUAAAGAAUCAUCCUUUGAACACCUGAAACAGUAGUGCUUCCUGUGUAUCAGCAGAUGUUAACAAUGAGUUGACUCUUCUCAUGAAGGCAUAUUGUUUAUGGUUGUUACCAUGGAUAAGCCUGACCAGAACUCCCAGAGUUCUCCAAAAGUUUCCUAUCGGCCUGGAACUUUCACUCUUAUGGGGUCCUCCUCUGCCUUCAGGCCCCUUGCUUCUUCUCAUAGUGCACCAUCUAAUGGUAACCAGAGUCAACAGCCUGAUGCAAGACCUGGUACUUGGUCUUCAGGUAUAGGGUCUCACACAUGGUGGUCCCCAGCAGAGACUGUUCCUACCACCUCAGGGCUACUUUGUGGUAAUGUAACACCCAACCUUCCAUCUAGGUACAGCAGCUCACCAUGUGGAAGCUUUAGGCUAGAAAAUGUUGGCACUGUAAUGCUGGAUACUACCUCUUCUUCUGAUCAUGUGCCACAACCUCGUAGAAUUGUAGAGGAAAUGUUAGGACAUCUUUAUGCAAAACCUCCAUCAGCCGAGGUUUACCAUGAACCUGGGGUCGCAGGUGUUAAUGGUUCAACUACUGCCAAGUAUUCCUCCAAGAUUCGGGUAAAUGCUUCCAGUGAACAUGAAACUUCAGGGAAUAAAAGGUGUGUUGAAAAGUGUAAAGAAAAUGGUGACAUAUCAAGUUCAUCAGCAAAUCUAUCAAAUAAACAUGCAAGAGAAGCAACUUUACCUGUUUCAGAAGGAAGAAAAAAGCAUGUUUCUCUGAAGCAGAACAAAGCAGAUUUCCGAGUAGUUUCCACUCUCUCCAAAUCAUCUGUGGAGACAGAAGAUAAAACUGAUAACCCUGGUUCACCAAAAGUAGCAGAAACCUGGAAGGCAUCAACUAAUGGCAUUCAAAAACUUGUUAUUACCAAAACUCAAGGGAAAUAUAGGAAAAAGCAGCUGGAAGGAGUUCCACCACAUGAAACCAGUUCAGAUAAUGAGAGUCAGUCAGAAGAUGACAGUUGUAAUGGCUCAAGCAACAGCUCAAGUGAUGAAAGUAGAAGCAGUGGGGCAAGCAGUGACUCUAGUGAUGCCACAACUCAUCACAUUCAAAAUGAGUCAAAAAAAGAAAUGCAUAAACAUCAUAGAUCAAAACUUAGGCUAAGAAAACAUACAAAAGAAGCUGAGACACCACACAUAGAACUGCCAGAUGAGGAUGACAUUCCAGAACCCUUAAAUUUAAAAGCUAGAGCCAGUUCACCAAGUCCAGCUCACUCUGGCAUUGCCAACACAACAAUGUGUCUAACGUCAGAUGCAAGUCAAGAGCAAGACAGUGACUUUAUGCCAGCUCCCCUAGAUCUAUGCAUCAAAAAGUACGAAACAAGUGGGAUUGCUAACUUGAAAGAACAAAGUUUAACUACAAGUAAACCUCCUAUUUCAUUGCCCUCUGCUGCUCACCCCUUGGUCUGUUCCACAGUAAAAAAACAUCCCUCUCCUACUGGGUUUUUGCUGAUGCCAGGUUCACGAAGGCGAGGGAGGAAGCCCAAGUAUUUGGUUGCUCAAGAGAGUCAGCAGAAGCAGUCAGAAUAUAAAAAGAAAAAAAAUUCUGAAAUGAAACAUCAACAAAAACAGAUUCGGCUGACUAAAAAGUUGCAAGCGUUACAAGAAAAACAAGCGGCUGAAACUAAUACUAAAAUUAUUCAACAACUGCCAAUUGCAUCUCUUCCAUCAGAACUUACAAUAUGUCCAGUGACAUCUGCAGCCCAGAUUAAGAAAAGAAAAACACCUGAGUCUACCACCAACAGUACCUUUACAAUUGUAACAACAAAUGACAGGAUAAACCUUCAAACACUGGGAUAUUCUUCUCAGAUUUUAGGAUCACCUGACAAAAGUAGUCAUACAAUGGCAUUAAAUAUGAAGAAAGUAAUGUCUUAUAUGCUUCCUGAAACUUCUCCUACUAGGGGUAGGGGUAGGGGAAGACCAAGAGGUCGAGGUAGAGGUCGAGGAAGAGGACGACCUCCUCUAGAUACAUGUAAUUCCUUAUCAAAAGGAGAUAAGAGUAGAAAAAACCAAACAAAGAGUAACUUGCUAAAUGAAAGUCUAUCCAAACCUACAAGUGAUACCAAGUCAUCUUCAGAUUUUGAAGCUUCAGACAGUGGUGACAACAUUGAUGAUGAAGAUGAUGAUAAAUCUGCCACUGCAAGCACUGCAAGUAGUGGAGUUACAUCUACAUCGGGUCAAGCAACCAAACGACAUAGCCAAGGAGGUGAAGGAUCUUCACCAAAAAAGAAAAGAAUUUUACCAGAUGAAAAGGAAAUUAGGAUUCCAUUAGAACAUGGCUGGCGUCGUCAGACCAAGAUCCGGUGCUUUAGUCGCUCAGGUGUGAGAGGUGAGGUUGUGUACUAUGCUCCAUGUGGGAAAAAACUAAAGAACUACCCUGAAGUGGUUCGGUACAUUCAUCGGCAUGAUAUCACAGAUAUUACAAGGGAGAAUUUUACCUUCAGUACUAAAGUCAAUGUGGGAGAAUUCUUAGAACGAGCACAGGAUGGUGCAAGAGAGAACUACAACUUAGUCAGUGAGCAAGAAGUGGUGGCUAGAAUAGAAGAAGUUCGAACUCGGAAAGGCUGUUUGGGAAUUCAAGUUCGGCGAACUCCACAGCAGAAAGCCAAAGAAGAAGAAGAGAAACAACAACAGUGGGAAAAAAUUCAGCUACAACAUAGACUAGAGCAGCAAGAAGAGGCUCAGCAUGCAGAGGAGCUUAAGAUACAUAAGAGGUUGGGAAAAGAACAAGAAGCUAAAGAGUCAAAACGACAAAAAGCAGAAGAAUUGCGAUAUCAGAAGGAACACGAAAAAUUUAUGAAGGAACAGGAAAAGUUAAAACGGUUGGAACAGUUACAACUGGAGAGAGAAAUGAGAAAUAGACAUAUUAUGGAGGAAAGAGAAAUGAAAAGACAACAAGCUGCCAUUAUGAGAGAACAGGAAUUGCAGAAACAUAGAGAAAUGAUCUUAAUGGUUGAUUUGGAAAGAGAGCGUAGACGGCAGCAUAUGUUACUCGUUAGGGCAUUAGAAAUUCACAAGAAGCAUGAGGAACGAGAAAGGAAACGGGAAGAACUACUUCAAGAGAAACGAAUAUAUAAAGAAAAGAAAAUGGAGCAGAGAAGAAUGGAGUUACAAGUGAUGAGAGAAAUGAAAAAACCAGUGGAUGAUAUGAUGCUGAAAGAUUCUGUUCCUCUCCCUACCUUGAACAGGAUUCCUGGACUCAAGUUAGCAGGAAAAGCAUUCUCUAACACCCUGAUGGUUUUUGAAUUUCUUCAUAACUUUGGUGAUACAAUAGGUUUUGACAUGGAGAAGUUUCCAACAUUAAAUACCUUCCAGAUGGGGUUACUAAAUAAUGAUGAAAAGAGUGAAGAGGAAUUGUUAUCAGUUGUUCAUCAUUUACUGAUUUGUGCUAUUGAUGAUCCUGGGGUGCCAAACCAUCCAGAGGCUGUGUCUGUUCUUAGUCAGAAUUUGCGAGAUGUUGAUGUAGCCAGCAAUAACAUAUCUGAAGUUCUUCGUCUGUAUUUCACUGCACUUGACAAAACAAGCAAGAUGUGCAAGUGGUUGACAGAAAAGCCCUUUUUGUCUUUGAAUCCAACACAAAAGUCAGAAAUCAUGACUUCACUGUGCAACAACUUAUUAUGUAGCCGAGGUAUUUUAAGGCAAAUCGAUUCCAACAUCGAAACUGUAAAUAACUUGCGUCGAGAUAAAUGGAUUGUAGAAGGAAAACUGAGAAAACUCCGAAACAUUCAACAAAUCAGGGCUUUAAAAUGUCAAAUAAAACAGGAAUCCAUCAAUACCUCAGUUGACAACAACAAUGGAGAAGAUUCCAAGGAAUCUAAAGUCGAGCAACAGAGUUUUAAAAUGGAUACUAGCAUGGAUAUGGAUGUAAAUACUGAUGUUAAAAAUAAGAGUGUAUUGUCAGGUAAUGUAAAUUGUAAGACAACCAAAGGUAGUAAAGGCAAAACAAAAGAAGAAGAUGAAAAUGAUGAUGAAAGUGGCAAUGAGAGUGAUGCUACUCGAGCAACAAGCAGAUUGUCAGAAGGAGAGGAUGAAGAACUGGGUAUAUCUGAUGAAGAAUUAGGAAAAAGAAUUGAAAAACUCUCCAAGCAACAAACACAGAUUCACAGCAAACUAUCUAAAGCACUUCAAUCUCUUAGAGCUACAAGUUUUGGACAGGAUCGGUAUCAUCGUCAUUACUGGGUUCUUCCAUUAUCUGGUGGUAUUUUUGUUGAAGGGAUGGAGUCAGCAGAACUGGAAAAUGAGCAGUUUGAAGAACAGGGUGGAAUACUAGUAGAACAAAAUGAGACAGAUCCAGAAAGAGUAGACUGUAAAAACAAAGUAAUUGAUAAAGAUGAACUUCAAGAUACACCAUCAAAAUUGGAAGUAAAAAAUAAAGUAGAAAACCUUGUGACACCUGUGAAGUUGGAAUCCAUGGAAGUAGAUAUGCAUAUAAAUCAUCCAGAAGAAAAGAGUAAAGCUGAAGAGAGCUUUGAAAAAGAAAGCAUGUCAGACAAAAUACCUGAAAAUGAAAAGAAACAAAAAACUGAGCAUUUAAAAUUUGAAGAAGAUAAACCUAUGAAUAUUGUUAAUGAAGAUGAUAUGAAUGAUAAAGUAAAUAACAUUGACAAAAGAUCAAGAGAAGAUAAGUCUGUUACAAAUGUAGUUUCUAAUCCAGAAGUUCAAGGGGUUUCUAAACAUGGAGGCACUCCAAGUGAUGACAAAACUUCAUCCAAACAACUGAAAAGUUCCCAAGAGGCUGUUUUGCUAGAGACAAAGAAGACACAAAGUGAUGAAACUGUGUUAAAUUCUAGCACAGCUAACAAACUUGCUAUUCCUAAAACUUCAUCAAGUGGUGUUCUUAAUAUUGAACAAAAUUGGUUACUUCACUCUCCAUUUUUUGCAUCACUCCUUGCAGGCUCAAUGCUUAUGAAUGGACCUUUGUUACAUGGUAGGGAGUUGAAUGGCAGCUACUUUAACUUACCUAAAACUGACACAGCUGUUUCUAGUUCAUCAUUUAAUCCAUUAUUAGGACUAUCCCCUGGGUUUCUGUCAGCAGAGCAAGUUCUCAAAAACCUAGCAGAGAAGCAACCAAAUCAGAAACCUUGGUUUAGUGUUCUUCCUAGAAUGCCUUGUGAUAAUACUUUUUCUCAAGAAGCACAAUGUAAACUAGCAUCAUUAAAAUCUUCCAACAAUUCUCCUCAGAAGCCUUUAAGUGCUUCAAUUAAUUCUCAUUUAACUACAAAAACAACUUCAACUCUUGGAACUAUACAGGAAUCAUCUUCUCAGAACCUAUCCACGCCCAUUAUCUCCAGCAAUGGUCAAAGUUAUCCUGCUGCAGCCUUACCUUUUGCUAACCUCCAACUGGGGCUGUCAAAUGGACUCCCACCUCCUCUAUUACCUAAUCCACUUCUCAGUCCUCCUGUUUCGAAUUCACUUUACCACAGUACACCAACAUCCACCACAGCAGGAUCAUCUCAAUUAACUUCUACGCCAAUAUCCACAGUUUCCCAACCUGUAAACCCUCCAUCAUUCUGUUCUACCCCUACUACAGCCCCAUCCCCAAGCUCCACUCCUAGCUCCAUGCAAUACGGGUUUUAUUCUAAAGUCAACAACUCUAUAGAGGAAACUUCAGGAGUUCAGCAGAAAGUACUGACAGAAUCUGUGAACCAUUAUGCCAAACCUUCCCCACUGCCUCCAGUAGAGUAUCGAAAAGGUUGGUGGAGGAUUACUGACUCAGAACAAUUGAAAACCUUACUAAAUGCUCUUCAUCCAAGAGGUAUAAGAGAAAGGCUUCUACAGAGGCAGUUCCAAAAAUACUUCAAUUAUGCAUGUCAAGCUUGUACUCAGGGUCAUCAUGAAACUACAGAUCUUGAAAUCACAGAACUAGACAGAGAAAUUUCUGAGAAAGAAGGAGGUGCUCCAGAUAGGAAUAAAGAAGAUGAUUGGUCACCAGAAGUAGCAUUACGUAUGGACUUAGGAAUUUUAGAACAGAUAGAAGUAAUGGAAGAAAAAGUAGCAGGAGCUAGUAUGCAAGUUAAGGGUUGGAAGGUUCCUCCGAAGCUCACUGAUGACCCAACUAUCAAGUUCAAAGCAGCUUGCCUAAUGCCAAAAAAAGAAGGAGUUGUAUUAAGCUUCCAUCGAAAGAAAGCAAUUAAACACCAAAGUAAAGAAACGGAAUCUAUUCCUAUGGAAAUUAAUGAGAAUUUACAAACAGAAAAAGUGGAAAGCAGUAUUAGUACAUUAGAUGGAAAUACCAUCAUGAAUGUGAACACCGGGGAAGAAGGUGAUCAUGCUAGUAAUACAGAAGAAAGUGAAAAUAAUUCAACUAAUAAACAUGACAAUCAGCCAGAAGAUCAAUAUGUAAAUCCAGUAGAGAUUGCUAAAGAAAGACUUUUAUUACUUGAAAGUGCCAUUGAAAGACGGUAUAUAAGGCCGCCUCUUGGUAUCACCAGUACAGAGCUGAACUUGUCCUCAUUCAACAGCAGUGCUACUCAACCUCCUUUGGUGGCAGACGGCGAGGAAGAGGACUUACCAAGGGGCUUACUUCGCUGGCGAGCUGCAAUCCAGAAGUGUUGGACAGCAGACCAGUUGGCCAUGUGUUUAAACAUGCUAGAAAUGUGCGUGGCAUGGGAUAAAUCUAUAAUGAGAGCUAGCUGCCAGUUUUGUCACAGUGGAGCUAAUGAAGAGAUGUUGCUUUUGUGUGACGGAUGUGACAAAGGUUACCACACUUACUGCUUUAAGGCCACAGGUGACAAAGUGUGUGUACUUUGUGGUAAGAAAGGUAAAUUGAUCAUUUGUGACCUGUGUCCCAAAAUGUACCACAUUGAUUGCUUAGACCCACCCUUGUCAAGUCUCAGCCAAAGAAAACAGCAAACAGAAAAUACACUAAAAGACAAGGAAAAAGAUAAAGAAAAGGAUAAGGAAAAAGAUAAAGAAGUACCAAAAGAAAAAGAAGCUACACAAUGUAAAAAGUCAGAAAGUAAUUCUAGUAAUAAAUCCAAAUCCAGUGAAAGAAAAGAGAAGUCAAAGCCUCAAAUUAACAAGGAAUUUACUUUAGCAAGAAACUUGUUGGAGGAACUAGAAAAACAUGAAGAUUCCUGGCCUUUCCUUCUUCCAGUCAAAACCAAACAGUUUCCAACCUACAAAAAAAUCAUCAAAAAACCAAUGGAUUUUAGUACAAUAAGAAACAAGUUGGAAGGAGGAUUAUACAAAAUAAAGGAAGAGUUUGCUGAAGAGGUGCGCCUAAUCUUCAACAAUUGUGAAACUUUUAAUGAAGAUGAAUCCCCUGUGGGAAGAGCUGGUCACAGUAUGAGGGCAUAUUUUGAGAGCCGAUGGGCAGAACUUAAUUCCACUUGAGCAUACCCAUGGUCACAAGUGUUACUUCUGAUUGAAUAGUUACUUCCACCAGGUUGAGCUGCUUUUUUUUUUUCUUCUUCCUUUUUCUUUUUUUUAAAUUUUUUGAGUGCAGAAGUGCCUGGAAUUUGGGAGACAAUUUUGUGUAGUUCAGGUUACACCUGUUGAAGUUAGUGAAUCUGUGUGUCAUUGUGUUUUAUGCAAAUUUGGUAAACAGACAGUCUAUUUACUUAGUGUUGUUCUGUGUCUAUGUAUAGAUAUGUACGUCCUGUUUUUAACGCACACACCAGGAAAAUAGCUCGUCAAGUCUACUUGUUCCAGUUCUUUUAUGAAUUGUUAGUGCCACCUAGUGGUUGUAUAUGCAUUUUGAAGCCAUUAUUGCUGGUGUGUAAAAAUAAAAUACUGCUUGGCAGUGGAAAUGACACAUCUAUACUCAGUCAGUACCUCGUUUCUCCCACUUCUAAAAAAAAACUUAUCACCUGCAAUGCAAUCAGGAAAGCCAGGCAGUAAUGUAUUACUCUUGUUUCUGUAAGCAGGUUUUAUAACCCAGGGUAUUUAAAUAAUAACUAAACGUUGUGUUUGAGAUACUUUUCUUUGCAGUGUGAAUAUAGUACUAAGUGAAUCCUACAACAAGCCCUUGUAUAUCAGAAAUUCUUAGAUUUCUGUUUUCAACAUCUGCUGUUACAAUAGGAUAGACUUCAUAUUCCUGUAUUGUGUUGUAGAAUAUAAAGAUUUGGGACCUAUUUUUGUAUGAAAUUUGUCAAAUGACCACUAACAGUAUAGGGGCAUCCAUUGAUUCACAAAGUUCCAUUGAAAUAGUUUUCAUACAUACAUAACUGUAUGUAAGUUCUGAAAUAUAUUUGUUGGACAUGUGUAUAAAGUUUUUCCACUAUAAUGGAUGAGAUGGACCAAAGCAAGGACUAUGUGGAAAAGUGUGGGGGUGGGGGGUUAUGACAUAAGUGUAGUUUAUUUCUCUCUUUUUUUUAUUGAAUCAGUUAGAUUGUAGUAUCAUGUUACUUAUCCUGUAUGGUGUGAAAAAACUAAAUGUAUGUAUAGAGCAGUGUAGGUAUUUGGUGACUCAUGUGAGGUAUAGUGUCUAGCUUUCUGGGGCACUUGUUAUUGUAUUAAAUUUUGCUUAAGUUAUUUAUUAGUAUUAUAUUUCAUAUAUAUCAUCCACUCAUAAUUAUCUUAAGAAGAUUUUCACAAAUUAAACGAUUUAAACAAUACGAGAGAUGUAUACAACCAUCAUUGAUUUUUUGACAAUGAGUUUUUAAGUGCAUCAACAUGCCAUGUAAUUAAAUGUCCUUAUUAGUCCUCACAAUGAGAGGGUUCAUUCCCAUUAAUUAGGCUACCAGAAUUUUCUUUUUGUACAAUAAUUUUUUAUAUGUAAUUAGACUAUUUUGAUGUUAUUUUACAUUCUAUUGCUUUCACUCUCCAUCUUUAAAGAACUAAUUUCCUUGUAACUUAUCAUAAUUAUUGUUUUCCCAGUAUCUUCUACCCUAGAAUGCUCCCUAUUGGUUAGUGUUACAUGUUAAUGUAAUAAAAAAAUUUUUGAGUGAAAUUAUUCUGUACUACAUUGCUUUAAAGUGCUAUUUAAAUGAGUACCCUAUCCCACUUGCUAUAGGCUAUUUGGACUAUAAAUUAAGCUGAUUUAUUACUCAGUAGCUAAUAACAUUAGCUUCAGGCUAGUAUGUUAGUACUGAUGACAAACUAUACAAGAAUAUUAUUAGGUUCUACAAUAAUUUAUAAAGUUCACUGGGUCCAAUGUUUAAUACAGAACAUGUUCACUGUACAUUGAAUUUUUUUUUUGUUUUUAUGCUUGAAACCAUACUAAUCAUAAUAGGGUGAAUUCUCAAUGGUUUAACAUACUCAGGUGAAAAACUAAUAUCAGAAAGUUGAAAAAAAUUCCAUUGAAUAGUUUCUCAUGAAUAGAUUAAUAUAUUUCAUGACCUGUGGUUUUGUCACACACAUUUAUUAGGCUAAUUUCAUUUGCUAUUACAAAGAAAGGGUUAAACAGUAUAAAGAAAAUGUUCUUGGGCCAGGUUAAAAAAGCUUUGAAUUAUAAUUGGUUUAUUUAAAUAUGGAGAUAGUAAAAUUUUAACUUCCAGUAAAUAUUGGUGAAAAUCCUGUCAAAUUAUACUUUUAUCUGGACUGUUCUCUUUCAUUGUAACAUUAUUGGACUAAAAAACUGAACAGCUUUAUUGUUAUUAAAGUUCGCUGAAAAUAUUAUUCAUAAGCUCCAAAAUAAAAUAAUUUGACCUAUAUUACAUAAAAGGUUAAGUUAUUUGUUACUUUUGUUUACACACUACAUUUAUUUUAGUAAUCAUGAAAAGCAGAAAAAGAGUAGAUGAAGAAUAUGAAAAAUUAGUAACACACUAUCUCAAAAACGACAUAAUUGUCAUACACAAUUAUUAAUUGUUGUUUAAUGCUAUCAUAUAUUAUUUUUGCAUCGACAAAUUUAAAUUGUUACAAAAAAAAGUAACAAAUGAACUUUAGAGAAUCAUGGGAAAAUUUAAAUGAAUCAAAUGCACAAAAGUUCAGUUCACAGAUUGUGAUUUAGUGUGAUUAAAUUUGUUUUAUGAAUAUUAAAUGAGUAUACUUUUUGAUAUAGGCACAUUUUUCAAGCAAUUUCAGCUUUGUAAUACAAAAAAUAGAGUUAAUAAAUUAUAAUACAUUUCGUUUUAUAUGUAUGAAUUAGAAAGAUUUUAGCACACAAUAUUUCUUUUGAUAAAGUCAGCCUUGCUAGAGAUAGUGAUUUUAAUUAUGUAAUAUUCUUUUGUGUGUAAAAUGAACCAGUAUGUUGUUGUUUCAGUUUCUGCUGAAUUAUACAAGCUUUCUCUGUGUUCUUAAAGCAAAUCUGUUGAAAAUUCAAAUAUUUUCACAAACUAUUUUACAAAUCUUAUUAGCCAGGUAAAUUAUGUAAUUUCUCUAAAAGAGUUAAUGAAAGUUAUUCUGAUAAAAAUUAGUAAACAUAUAGCUUAAAUAAAAUGUAGAUUUACGUUUGGAGUUAAUUUUCUGUGUGAAUUGAAAAUACCAUUUAUCUUGUGAAAAAUUAAUAUUUGUUUGCAUUUUUUUCUGAACUACCAAAAGUGAAAUUAUGUGUAUAAGUUAUAAAAUAAAAGUUUUCUCCCAACUGUCCACACUUCUAAUUAAUUUUAAUGCAGUUUUAGAAAUGUAAUUUGGUCAAUCUGUUUAUCAAUUUAGAUCGCAUUUUAUUCAGAAAAAAAUGAAAAUUGAUACAUGUAUCAAAAGCUCAACUUAUUGAAUGUGAAACAUUUUUCAACAGAAUAUGUUGUGCUAUUUUGGGUGUUAUUUAAUACACCAUGUAAUGUACCUGAAUAAAUUAAGAGACACAACUGAAUAUUGAAAGAGAAAUUUAACCAACAUAAUUUCGAGAAUUUCAAAUGUGACAAUAAAGUUAUUUCUCAAUCUCUUU